AAUGUUUGCGUCAAUUGAAUGCUUUAGACGAAGCAUCACAUCAUUGCUAACACUGUUUCACUGAAUCAUUGAUUCACUCAAAUCUAUAGCACUGUAUGUACAGUAUGUGUAAGUGUUUUGCGCCGAUCAUUGAGUGAACCAAAUAUUAAUGAUUACCGUUAAUGACAAUUAAUUUUAUGACAAUUUUACAGCAUUUAGUUGUUAUUGUCAUUGAUAUUCUUUUGAUUGUUAAGUGGAUUUGAUCCAAACCAUUACAAGCCAUGUCUCCCAUUAGAAGUACUGUACAUUUAGUGAAAAUGUCAAUAACUGUUAAUAUUUAGUGAACGACUUAUAAAACUCAUUGAAAUUUCAUUGAUGGAAUCUAAACAACGCGGACCCGAUAGUGAUGAGGUGGCCAAAGAUCCCGGUGCUCUUACAUCACAUCCCAGCUAUACUGACAAAGAUUUCGAAGGUCACAGAGCACUUACAGUCUAUUGUACGUAUGGUUUUCAAAUGCCAACUACAUAUCGCCGAAGAGGACACCAUCGGCGACACAAACAUCACAAAAAUGGCAAUAAAAAGAAAGAUGAAAGGGAUGAACCAAAUGAUGGUACCCCUAAUGAUGACAACUUGAAGCAUAUAAGACCGGCGGAUAGGGUUCAGUUUAUAUUGGGUGAAGACGACAUGGAUGGCACUCAUGAAUCACAUCCACUAUUCAGUGAAUUAGAGGAACUAUGCAUUAAUGGCGAAGAUGUGGAAUGGAGAGAGACGGCCAGAUGGAUUAAAUUUGAAGAAGAUGUAGAAGAAGGUGGCGAUAGAUGGUCUAAACCACAUGUGGCCACUAUAUCAUUGCAUUCACUAUUUGAACUCAGGAGCUGUAUAUUAAAUGGCACAGUUAUGCUUGAUUUAGAGGGAAGCAGUUUAGAUCAAAUAGCAGACUUAGUUUUAGAAAAUAUGGUAAAUUGUGGUCAACUGUCGAUUGAUAUUAAAAAUAAAGUAAAGGAAGCAUUACUUCGUCGUCAUCGACACCAACACGAGAAAAGACACGACAAAAGUGAUAGUAAGAACAGACUUCCGUUAAUCAGAUCCCUCGCAGACAUCGGCCGUAAUUCCAGCAAAAGUAUGUUCGGCUCUCACAAUUUAUUGGACAAAGUGGGUGAAAGUUCUUCACCACCAUCUGAGUGGAACCCAUUCAGGAAGUUCUCAUUUCAAAGUACUUUAGGACUUAAUUUGGAUAAACCAGCGGGCAACAAUCAUGAUGGUAUACCCACCAGUCCAAGUGUCACAUCCCUACACCUUCACGCCGGCAAUCAGGCCGGCAACUCAGCUUCAACGGGACAGUUGUUAGCUGAUACAAAUGCCAGUUCCAGUACUGAUUUGCAACACAAACUCAAUCAGGCAUUUAUGCGUAAAAUACCUCCCGGUUCUGAAGCGGACAAUAUUCUUGUCGGAGAAAUUGAUUUUCUCGAACACACGAUAUCGGGGUUUGUUCGGCUCAGUCAAGCCUGUCAUUUGGGCGAUUUAACUGAAGUACCGGUGCCAACAAGGUUUCUGUUUAUACUUCUUGGACCGCACAGCAUUCCGGGUCGAUAUCAUGAAGUGGGUCGAGCUAUGGCUACUCUAAUGUCUGAUGAAGUUUUCCAUGACGUGGCUUACAAAGCAAAAAAUAGAGAAGACUUGUUAGCCGGAGUCGACGAGUUUUUAGACGCAGUGACAAUAUUACCUCCCGGUGCUUGGGACCCAAACAUUAGGAUAGAGCCGCCACAACAAUUGCCAUCACAAGAAUCACGUAAGAAACACGACGGACAACAGGAGCACAAACUCGAUGAAGAAGACGAAGAGGAACGCGAACGGGAGGCUAUGGGUCUUAAGCGAACCGGAAGAUUAUUUGGUGGUUUGAUUAACGAUGUCCGUCGCAAACUUCCGUGGUAUUGGUCCGAUUUUAGAGAUGCCUUAGUUCUACAAUCAAUCGCAUCAAUAUUUUUCUUAUACUUCGCGUGUUUGACGCCUAUUAUAACAUUUGGUGGUCUGUUAGGAGAUGCGACUGGAAAUAAUAUUGCAACAAUGGAAAGUUUGAUGAGUGGACUGAUUUGCGGUCUUUUAUACGGCUUUUUCAGUGGACAACCGCUUACUAUAUUGGGAAGCACUGGUCCGGUGCUUAUAUUUGAGACAAUUCUUUACGAUUUUUGCAGAACACAUGAUUUCCAUUACCUAAACAUCCGCUUAUGGAUCGGUCUAUCGAUGGCUGUAAUCCUUCUGGUGAUGGUAGCCGUCGACGCCAGUGCUCUCGUCUGUUACAUAACCCGUUUCACUGAAGAAAACUUUGCAACACUUAUAAGCGUUAUAUUCAUCUAUAAAGCCAUAGACAACCUCAUCCAAAUACGCAACGAAUAUCCUAUAAAUCCAAAUCCUAAUCAAAUAUUAAACUAUUCGUGUUUUUGUUCGUUUAACAAUCAAACCGAGUAUUUGAUUCAAGAAGUGUCACACAAUGAGACUGAGAUCAAGAAGUGUAAGUCUAGUGGAGGAGAGCCGAUAGGCAUUGGCUGUUCGGUACCUAACUAUGUUCCCGAUGUCUUCCUGCUGUCGGCCAUAUUGUUUGCGGGCACUUAUGUCAUCUCAUUUAUGCUUAAGGAGUUUAAGACGUCCACAUUCUUCCCGACUAAAUUGCGCCAAAUUGUUAGUGAUUUUUCAGUUCCCAUAGCUAUCGGUGCGAUGACAUCCAUUGAUUUUAUGAUUGGAGUAAAUACACCAAAACUGUUUGUUCCGGACAAAUUCAAUCCCACUCGUGAUGACAGAGGUUGGAUAGUACCGUGGAUUCACCACAAGAAUCCCUGGUAUAUACUUGUAUUAACACCAUUACCAGCGCUUUUGGCGACAAUCCUUAUAUUUAUGGAUCAACAGAUCACAGCUGUUAUAAUCAAUAGAAAGGAAUAUAAGCUUAAAAAAGGAGGCGGUUAUCAUUUGGAUCUGUUUGUAUUGUGUAUAUUAAUAGCAAUUUGUUCAAUAAUGGGUUUGCCCUGGUUUGUAGCGGCAACUGUAUUGUCAAUGACCCAUGUCAACUCUUUAAAAAUGGAGUCCGAGUGCUCGGCUCCGGGAGAAAAACCACAGUUUUUGGGCGUUCGCGAGAAUCGUGUCACUCAUAUUUGUAUCUUCACUUUGAUUGGUAUGUCAGUGUUUUUCACCAAAGUUUUACAAAAGAUUCCGAUGCCUGUCCUCUUUGGUGUCUUCUUCUAUAUGGGAACGUCAUCUCUAAAGGGUUCACAAUUUUUCGACCGGAUUCUCAUAAUGUUUAUGCCACAGAAGUAUCAACCAGACUAUACAUUCUUGAGACACGUCCCGACAUUCAAAGUUCAUGUCUUUACGGUUAUACAAUUGAUAUGCUUUGUAAUCUUGUGGUGCGUCAAGUCAUACAAGAAGACAGCCAUUGGAUUCCCUCUUAUGCUGGUCGUUAUAAUAUUCAUUCGCAAACUAUUGGAUCUGUUUUUUACAAGAAAUGAGUUAAAACUUUUGGAUGAUAUAAUGCCAGAACACACAAAACAAAAGAGAGAAGAAGAAAAAAGAGAAAAAGAGGCCGAAAAAGAGAUGAGAAGCGGAGCACUCAUACCUAAUGCCAGCUCUGGUAAUGUAGCCAUACCUUUGGCUAAUGGAAAUAUAUUGAAGAUUCCUAUGGAAAACUUUAACGAUGAAGAGGAUAAGCCGUGUACUAUCAAUAUUACUGAACAGUUGGCUAAAAGCGGUGCCUGGAAGUCAAUUGUCGACCAAAGUUUGCAAAAACUAAGCAAAAGUACUAAAAGUAACAGCGGAAAUAAGAAAAGAGGAAACAAAAAGGAUGCGAAAACAGAAGAGGAACAGAAAAGACUGUCCACAAUGAGAGAAGAGGACGACGAAGAGGACUGCGGAAUAACCAUUAGAGUGGACGCUCCGACACCCGUACCGUCGAUUGUGGCCUCAAAUCAUAAUUCACCGAAAGAUGAUAGAAAUGAAACCUCUAUAUUUCAGUAAAUAUGAAACAAUCUUUCGAAACAAAUAAUUAGA